AACACACCGUUUUUUUUAACCAGUAGUCGAGUUCAAACUCUCUAGGCGUCGAAUGACUGCAGAUUAAUAUCUUAUCUGCGCCCAAAACCUCACAAAUCUAACCAUCAAACUUCACCAUCCAUCUGCGCCUGUCAAGUUUGAAGACUCAUCUUAAGCGACUACUCUCCUACCAAACACCCCGUCCCUCGCCUAAAAUGACGAACCAAGAAACGAGAUCAGAGGAGGAGAACGCAAUACAUCUCAAUUACAUGAGAGAAGCCUUAUCGAUGGUCUCACCCCUUUUCCUUGCUGCGUUCUCUCACUUUCCUCCUCUCCUUCAAAAAUCCAUCUCACUUGACACAACCAAGAUAUAAGCAUCACAACUUAUACAAGAAACAGGCCGAGCUCGCCCUCCACACCUCAGAAACACCCGUCGGAUGCGUAAUAGUCCAUCCCAGCCACGGAAUCAUCGGACGCGGUAUGAAUGCCACGAACCGAACGAGGAAUGGGACUAUGCAUGCGGAGUUCAUUGCGAUCAAUGAGAUCCUAUCACCUUCACCUGAAUCCUCAAAUGCUUCAUCUCUGACAAAUCUCUCUUCAAAAAGCCCGCCCUUUGUAACCGAGAAUGAGGAAGAGAGAAAGAGUUUAUACCCAUUUCCCCCAAGGAUACUAAAUGAAAGCACCCUCUACGUAACGGUGGAACCCUGCAUCAUGUGCGCCUCCCUCCUCCGCCAAUUCGGCAUCAAACGCGUCUUCUUCGGAGCGAGUAACGAGAAGUUCGGAGGUACGGGUGGUGUUCUUGAUGUGCAUCUUGGGAAUGGGAAGGUGAGCGGGAUCGAAUCGAAUGAAACGGUUCGAACGACAAGCAAUCAAGAAGAGCAAAUGGCUCAUAGGAGAAAUGGAGACUACGAAGUUAGUGGUGGAUGGCUGAGAGAAGAGGCUAUCGUUAUGCUAAGACGGUUCUAUGUUCAGGAGAAUGGGAGGGCACCUGAGCCGAGGAGGAAGGCGGAUAGGGUGCUGAAGUUGGAGGUUGAGCCGUUGGAGGGGGGUGGUGGGGUAUGA